AUGGAAUUGCCCCCAGGGUAUCCUAAUGAAAGUGGGAGAAAAGUAUGCAAAUUAAACAAAAGUUUAUAUGGUCUCAAACAGGCCUCACGUCAAUGGUACUCAAAACUCUUAAAUUUCAUCAUUCACCAAAGAUUUAUUCAGUCCAAGGCAGAUUACAGCUUGUUCACAAAGGUAACUGAGGACUCUUUCACAAUUAUUCUAGUAUAUGUGGAUGAUGUAAUAGUUGCUAGAAAUAAUAUGGAUGAAAUUGAUCAAUUGAAGAGGUCUCUUGAUGACCAAUUCAAAAUCAAAGACCUUGGCAAGCUAAAGUAUUUUCUGGGUAUUGAAGUGGCAAGGACAGCAAGGGGGAUUCAUUUACAUCAAUGCAAACAUGCUUUGGACAUUUUAAAAGACUCGGGUACCGUUGGCUCCACUCCAGCAAGGAUUCCCUUGGAUCAAAAUAUAAGAAUGUCCAAAGAAGAAGGGGAAUUGCUUCCUGAGCCUGCUCUUUAUAGAAGAUUGAUCGGUAGAUUAUUGUAUCUGACCAUAACCAGGCCUGAAUUAGCUUACUCAGUCCAAAUGCUAAGCCAAUUCAUGAAAAAUCCAAGAGUGCCACACCUGCAGGCAGCCCACAAGGUACUGCGGUUCAUCAAAGGGUCACCAGGGCAGGGUUUGUUCUAUCUAGUGGACUCAGAAAUCCAUCUUAGAGGCUUUAGUGAUUCAGAUUGGGGGGCUUGUCCAGACACUAGAAGGUUUGUGAUAGGCUACUACGUGUUCCUUGGGAAAUCCUUGGUGUCUUGGAAAUCAAAGAAACAAAGUGUGGUCUCUAAGUCUUCUACAAAGGCAGAGUACCGUGCAAUGACAAAUGUGAGCUGUGAAUUGACUUGGCUGAGCCAGCGGUUCUCACUCACGAAAGCAGAGUCAAAUUCUUACAUAGGCGGUCAGGGUGGUUGGGGCAGAGGGUGGCGAUGUGGAGACAGGUGUGCAAGAUAUAGAUACGAACGGUGUCUUCGACGACUCGGAUGCGAGAAUGAUGAAGACAAUUUCAAUUGA